GUCAAAAAUCUCAACAAUCAAAACAUGCCCUUUUUAUAAAAAUUAUAAAUUUUUAUACUUGUAUGUACAAAAAUUAAUAGAGAGCUUUUACUUAUUAAUUAACUUCCCUUUUCUUUAAUCAAAUACAUAAAUCAAUAAUGUGGUGAAGUGUUUCUAAUGGUAUUUUUCUAUGCUACCUUCGCCUAGUACAAACAUGAUCGAAUUAUCAGCAAAACUCACAACUGGCUCAGUUUAUUUAGCUGGAGAGGCUUUGGAAUGCUGUAUUACUUUUAACCACACACCUCAGCCUGAGCAUAGGAACUCUCAAAGUCACAAUGAUAUCCUAGAAAACUUAGCCUGGGCUUCAGCACAAAUUCACUGUUUUUUCUCAACAUCAAAAAGUACAGGUGAAAAAGCCAAUGUAUUUGAAAAAACUACAGCUUUAGAAGUGACCUCAUGUGAUAUUGGAGACGUUGUAUUUCAUACAAAACCCAAAAUACUGUUCUGUGAUCUGACUAUACCCUUAGGGGAAACAAAGACAUUCUGGUAUAGAGAAUCUCUCCCUAUAGAAGCACCACCAUCAUACAGAGGCACUGCUGUUAAAUACUCCUAUAAGAUAACUAUAGCAACACAGAAGGUAGGGUCCCAUAUAAAGAUGGUGCGAAUACCGUUCAGGGUCCUCCCCAUCAGUCCAAUCAUGAACAUGCAAGAUUUAGCUGCAUUAUGUGGGAAUGAAACUACAGAAGAACUCCAGCCAACUAAUCCUUUUUCUGAGGAAAGGAAGGUUGAAACUCCUUUGACAAUGGCUUUACAAGUGUUACAGAAUCUCACUGCAAGAAGAAGCCCAAACUCAUACAUGAUUACAAAUGCACGGGGGAAAGUUGGCAGAUUUUGCCUGUUCAAAUCAGCUUACAAAUUGGGUGAAGAUAUUGUCGGCACUUUUGAUUUUUCAGUUGGUACAGUCACCUGUAUGCAGGUUUCAGUAUCUUUACAACCUGAAGAAGUAACUAAAACUAAAACGCCUAUGAAAAGUGCAAACAAAGAAAAUAGCAGCAGGUCCAUGACAGUGGCCAGGUAUCAUGAGGUGACGCUGGGGCUCACACAUUCACAGCUUAUUUUGCCAAUUCCUUUGCAUAUUACACCUGCAUUUGAGGGUGAAGAAGUUUCAUUAAGCUGGAGGCUUCACUUUGAGUUUGUGACAAGCAACGAGAGAUUACAGCCAGGCCCAGACGAUAGGGACUGGAAUGCCCCACUCAAUGUGCCAAUAGAAACUAUGGUGUGGAACCUUCCUGUGAAGAUCUACUCUACGUUACCCAAACAGAUUAGUCAGCAAACUGUAGGCAAUGAUGCAUAUACUUUAUACAUUAAAUAAAUAAAUUUCACUAAUGCUUAAAAUGCUUUAACUGUGAAUAUUAGUUCAGAUUUGUCUUGUGUAAAAUAGAAAUAUUGUUAAUACUAAUUUUAAGAAGUGUAAUGUACAUUUAUAAAUGGUAAUUAUAAAAUGAUACUAAAGCAUUCCUAAUAAAUAAUUUAUUAAUUA